UGGCCAAAAGUUCAAGGAAUACAAGCACAAUUAGAAAUUUUAUUCUUUGAAAUUAAUGUUACUGUACCUGUUCUAACUCGGAAUUCAAAAAGUAGAAGAAUUCAAAUAUUGUUUCGAGCCAAAUACUAUAUCAAUACAAAAGAGUACGCAAUUGUCGAUGCACCUUAUGUGUAUUAUGAUGAUUUCAAAUGUAAUACAAAAAAUUUGCAUAAUUUCUGCAUUAGUUGUAUUUAAAU